CAGAGUUAGCGUGUCGGAACCUGGUGCAGUCCGCACGCUGCGGAAUCCCCUCUAGCGCAGGGCGUUCUGAGCAGGGGUCUGCGCGUCCGGCUUUCGCCGCCCGAUGUCGCCGCCGGGCUGUUGAUCGCCUCCCUGAUCACGCGGGGGUGUGAGGCCGUGGAGGUCCAGGUAGAAGCAGAAAACUUCCUACGCUAAGCGGGAAUGGAAGUAAAUUGUUUAACACUAAAAGACCUGAUCAACCCCAGGCAGCCCAGACUAGAUUUUGCAAUUGAAGAUGGGGAAAAUGCACACAAGGAAAAUGUAUUUGUUGAUCGGUCAAGGAUGGCCCCGAAGACUCCAAUAAAAAAUGAACCAAUUGACUUAUCGAAGCAAAAAAUCUUCACUCCAGAAAGAAAUCCCAUCACUCCGGUUAAGCUUGUCGACAGGCAGCAGACAGAACCCUGGACUCCCACAGCUAACCUGAAGAUGCUCAUUAGCGCUGCCAGCCCAGACAUAAGAGACUGGGAGAAGAAAAAGGGGCUGUUCAGACGCAUUGAGAACAAGGAUGAAGCAUUCACGGACUCUCUGCAGCUUCACGUUGUCGGGAACAGUGCUGUGGACAAAUUUGAAAAGCGAAGGCCAAGCAGAAAACAGAAAAGUUUAGGACUCCUGUGCCAGAAGUUUCUAGCUCGCUAUCCAAGUUACCCCUUAUCAACUGAAAAAACUACCAUCUCCCUAGAUGAAGUUGCCGUCAGCCUUGGCGUUGAAAGGAGACGCAUCUAUGACAUUGUAAACGUGCUGGAAUCGCUGCAUCUAGUCAGCCGGGUGGCCAAGAACCAGUAUGGUUGGCACGGAUGGCACAGCCUGCCAAAAACCCUGAGGACCCUCCAGAGACUGGGAGAGGAGCAGAAAUAUGAGGAGCAGAUGGCAUACCUCCAGCAGAAAGAGCUAGACCUGAUGGAUUUUAAAUUUGGUGAACGUAAAAAAGAUGGCUACCCAGAUCCUCAAAAUCAACAGUUACUGGAUUUCUCUGAGCCCGACUAUUCCUCUUCCUCUGCAAACAGAAAAGACAAGUCUCUGAGAAUCAUGAGCCAGAAGUUCGUCAUGCUGUUCCUCGUCUCUAAAACCAAGAUCGUUACUCUUGAUGUGGCUGCCAAAAUACUGAUAGAAGAAAGCCAAGACACGCCGGACCACAGUAAAUUUAAAACAAAGGUACGACGCCUCUAUGACAUAGCCAAUGUCCUGACCAGCUUGGCUCUGAUCAAGAAAGUGCACGUGACAGAAGAGCGGGGCCGUAAACCAGCCUUCAAGUGGAUCGGGCCUGUGGACUUCAGCUCCAGUGAUGAAGAACUAGUGGAUGUUUCCGCAUCUGUCUUACCAGAAAUGAAGAGAGAAACAUAUAGCCAGAUUCAAGUCUGUGCAAAACAGAAGCUGGCUCGACAUAGUUCUUUCAACACUGUGCAGGCUACUGAGAGGAUUCGCAGGAGAGUGAGCUCAGAACCCAGCAGCCCUUCCAGAGAAGAACAAGGAUCAGGCAGCUUCUCCUUAGAAAUUGGAAGCCUGGCAGCUGUUUACCAACAAAAAAUAGAAGACAGUUCACAGAGGAAAGCCUUUGACAGGAAGAAAGUGAUGCCUCCAUCAAGUAGCCUGGAACCCCCUGCUCCAUUCCCUGUCCACUCUGUAGACCCAGAAUACUGUGUUAAUCCUUUAGCCCACCAGGUAUUUUCUGUGCCUCAAACAGACUUGCAGACCUUCUCCAUACACAAUGGUCUGCAUGGACAAGUGGGUGUUUCACCCACUUCUGUGGCCUCAGACAUGGAGGGCCUGAAGCCAGCCCUGCUGGCAGGCCAGCCCUUGCUAUACGUGCCCUCGACCUCUCUGUUCAUGCUGUAUGGGAGCCUGCAGGGGGCACCGUCUCCAGCGUCAGGGUUGGAGAGGAGCCACAGUAGCUCAGAAGUCUCAGCAGCAGCCGAGCUGUCAUCUACACCCACAACACAGAAGCGCCUCGGUGAGGACAGGCAGCCUCAGGAGGAUGGGGAGCCGACCACUAAAAGACAGAAUAUGGACGACGACGAAGCCGGCCCUCUCUCUCUUGUCAUGCCCAAGAAACCCCCAGACUCCACAGACUUGGCCUCUCCCAAGACGCUGGACAACAGGGAGCCUGUGCCCCUUGAAGACAUGGACUUGAACAGCCAAAUGCCUGCAGCAAAGGAAGUUUGGGAAAACACUACACCAUAUAGCUUCGUUUCUUCUGAGUGGGGAAAUCUUUCAAGAAACGCAGAGGUCGAAAAGGCCUCCAAAGAAAAUGAAGGCCCCAAAGAGCCCUCUGUGCUGCAGUGUCUGUAUCUGCAGUCGCCAGCUGGAUUAAAUGGUCUCGGUGUGCUCUUACCAGGCAGUCAGACCCCUUGUGCUGCGGGACCAGCUUCAGGUUCGCAGCCACCCCUCAGUGUCCCUUGCAUGGUCUUACCGCCUUCGACACUGGGCCCAUUCCCUGUUCUCUACUCUCCCACGAUGGCCAGGCCAGUCUCCUCAGCUCCUGGCACUCUCCCACACCCCGGACCUGUGAAUUUCAGCUUGCCAGGCCUUGGAUCAACACCUCAUCUUCUCAUCGGCCCUGCAGCCGUGGUUAAUCCAAAAUCCUCGACACUCCUUUCUGCAGACCCUCAGCUUCAGGGUCCUCACUUACUUAACCAGAGUCCAGUGAUGUCCAGAUCACACAAUGUCAUCCAGCCCGAAUCCCCAGUUCAUGAGGGACCCCCAGGCUCUGUGGUAAAGUUGCAGCAGUCACCAGCUCCAGUGACCCCCAAGAGCAUCCGACACACACAUCGUGAGACAUUCUUCAAGACACCUGGCAGCCUCGGAGACCAUGUCCUUAGGAGAAGAGAAAACAAACAGUUGCAAAACACAAGCUCCGCGCAGAGGAGACUGGAAAUACCCAGCAGCGGCGCCGACUAGCCUGACACUUUGCCAGGUGUGGGUGGCGUCCAACCAUCCGAGUUUCCCUGCAUCACCGGCCUUGUCCUAACGCUGGAGCAGACAGCUGGAGCAGACAGCAGAACACACACCAGCACCUCCUUCCUCCCUUCCCUGCACUGGUUCUAAUGUUAACUUCCCAUCAUCACCAUCAUUUUCCUCAGCGUAAUUGUUACUGAUUGUGGUUUAAUGCCAGUUAGAAUCCAGACUCUGUGCCUGAUGUCACAGUGAAAGCACCGACUGACUUGUGGUUUUGCUUCAAGAAUUAUGUUAUCCCUGGAAGUAGAUCUGAACAGGCUACUGGAGCCUUGUGGUUUUCCCAAAGGUAGGGCCUACCUAGCACUUAACUAGGGUGAGCAUUCUUGAUGGUAUCUCCACUCGCCCUGAGUAGACCUGUGGUGAGAGACGCUUCCUUUCUGCAGUUUAAAAAAGCUACUGCUUCCUUAGGCUUCCUCAGGAAGACAGCUUCAGUUGUGAAUCCUAUGGCAUUAUUUAUUUUGUCCCUGAAAUGGGAUUUAGUGCAAAAAGUUUACAACUACAGCAAAACAUGUUUUUCAGGGUAUGACGACUUGAAUGUUUGUACUUUUUUUCCUAUAAUUUGCCCUGCACUUACUUUACAACCUAGUGAUAAUGUGCGUAAAUAUGUGCACUAUGACUGAAUGUCAAGACCAAAAUCACUGUGAAUGGCACACACCACAGUAAUGAACUGUGCUAAUAACCCUCUCUGGGCGUGAGGACUCAGAUCAACUUCAGCAGUCUGAUAGCUGCUUCUCAAAUACCUGAGUGGACAAAUAAUCCAACCAAGUUCACUACCCUUCACUACAAGCCCCUGUGUUUUCAUUUUUUGUUUUGUUUUGUUUUUUAAUUUAAAUGUAACUAUAGACUAGAAGGGGUGUCCAACCUUUUGGCAUCUCUGGGCCACACUGGAAGAAGAACAGUUGUCUUGGGCCACAGAUUUAAUACAUUGUGAUCACAAUGAGAUGUAAUCACAAAAAUAUCUCAGUGUUUUAAGUAAACUUACGACUUCGUGUUGGGCCACAUUCACAGCCAUCCUGGGCCACGUGCAGCCUGUGGGUCAUGGGUUGGAUGCCCCUGGUAGAGUAUCAGGUACGGACGCCUUCUAACAAUUGCUGUUUAUUGAGUAAAUCCGGAUGGUGGAAAGUAAUUGCAUGGAAAAUUGGAAUCUGGAUAGGACCUUUUGGUAGAAUUCUGAAGAGUUAAUAUAGAAAUUGAUAAUAGGACAAUAGGUGAUUAUUUCUUUUAUUUUUUUUUCUUCAGUUUGGAAGGGUAAGAGGAAAACGAACGCAUUAUAUUCAGUAUCCAAGAACAUUCAAACCAGAAUUUUUUUUCAGAGUACUUCAGAAGAUGAGAGUGGGGAAUAUAGGAGUUUAUUGUUCUCUAGUAUGACUGCAGCUCUGGAAACUGUUAGGCAGUAUUCCUUUGUUAAACUGUAUUACUUUAGGGCGUCAGUAAGUAGCCAAACUAGAUCUUUGUAUGCAUAGAUUAACUGAUAGUUACCCCCCUCUCAUCUCUUCAGAAUAAAUGGCUUUCUCCCUCCUUCCCUUCCUGCUUUCCUUCCCUCCGUCUUUAUUCCCUUCUCUUUUUAAAUAUUUCUAUCUUAGAUUUGGAAUCUUGGUAUAGGGUUUUAUUUUAUUUUUAUUUUUGGACCCAAUAAAACGUUAUAUGAAAGAAUGAAAAUAUUAAUUUAAGGGACUCUAGGAGUCUGUGUAAAGUAGCUUUAUAUUAACUACGGAAUAAUAUUAGUCUUAUUACCCCCACAAAAUCUUUUGAAACUUGAGAUAGGUAGUCAGAUUAAAUAAAUUUGCUACUAUAUAAAAAUUUAAUUAACACUAAACUUUUAAAGUUUAUAAGGUGAUAUUUUCCCCUUUUUACAAUAUUCUCUAGAGUUAAACAGAUAAAGAUGUUCAGGCAUCAACAAUUGCAUGGGUAAUGAUUACCUUGAACUAAUAUGAUGGGUUUCCUAUCGGAGCCAAUCAGAAUAUGUGCUUUUCAGGACAUGUGGUAUAUAAAUCUGCACAGGAUAAUGCAUUUAAAUAUGCCAGGCUUAAGACUUUCCCCAGAAUAUUUUCACUUGAUAGGUCUGCAUUUAGACUGAAACACAAACUAAUUUUCUUUUCAUUGUUCCUAGAUGUUCUUCACUUUCCUAACCUGUUUUAAAAAAUUCUGUUAAUAAUAUGACCACAUAAACCUUAGAGAAUUCACGGUUCUUGAGGGGUGUUAGGAAGCGACCCUGUCAAUGAGAAUAUUAUGUCUCUGUGACCACACUUAGCAAUA